AUGUUUUGCUAUCUUCCGUUCUUUGUCUCCCUGGUAGCUGCCACCAACCUCUAUGCCACUCACUACGACGGCAACAUCUACACACUCUCUCUUGAUAGCGCAAACUCCCUUUCGAUCUCUUCAUCGCUGAAAACAUGUGGUGAUGCUCCUAGUUGGCUUACAUUCGAUGCAUCCACGCGCACAAUCUAUUGCUCUGACCACUCCGGCAAUGGGACUAUGAAUGGCUCCCUGAGCUCCUACUCUGUGGAUCAGCAUGGGAAACUGACGGAGCUUGCAAAGACUGUGGACGUAGGUGCCGCGGUCCACAGUAUCAUGUAUGGCGGAGAGCACGGGCACGAAAAUUAUUUGGCCGUUGCGCAUUAUGGCGGCUCUGCACUUUCGACCUUUGCCCUACCCCUUCGCUCCGAUAAAGAGCCCUUGCAAGUCUUCCGCUACCAAAUACCCCAGCCCGGUAUUAAGCCCCAGCAAGAUGCACCGCACCCGCACCAGGUGAUCCUCGAUCCAACUGGUGAUUUCGUUCUUGUUCCCGAUUUGGGCGCCGACCAGGUUCGUGUGUACGCAAUUAACAAGCGCACGGGGCAUCUGAAUUCGUGCCCUAGUCUUAAUUACACCGCUGGGAGUGGACCGCGACACGGAUUGUUCUGGAGGUCCAACCCCAAGCAUCCUGCACACGCUCCAGUGACUAUGCUUUACACUGUUAGUGAAUUAGGCGGCCACUUUAAUUCGUUCGUUGUCUCUUACUUGCCUUCUGGUUGUCUCGGGUUCCGGGAAACCCAAUCCUUUGUGCCAUACCCAGGCGGACAGUUACCGGCCGGGGGUGCACCAGCGGAGCUCGCUAUGAGUGGAAAUUCUCUUUAUGCCUCAAUUCGCUUCGAUCAAGGAUUCUCUCCAAAUGAUUCCAUAUCGACUUUGACUCGUUUUUCCAAUGGCACGGUGAACUUUAGUGAAAUCACGUCUUCAUACGGCACCAUUCCCCGCACUUUUGUUGUCAAUAAGAAGGGUACUCUGGUGGCUAUUGGAAACCAGGCUUCAUCGAAUGUAGCCAUUGUCAGAAGGAAUCCACAGAAUGGAAAGCUCGGCAAACUAGUCGCCAACUUGCAGGUUGGACUGCCUGGCCAGGCUAGUAAUUCGUCAACAGGGCUGGGUAGCAUCAUAUGGGAAGAUUGA